AGACGGCGAGAGAGGGAAAGAGAGGGAGGGUGAAGGAGAGAGAGAGAGUGUCAGCAGCAAAAGGCUGGGAAGCUGCAGAGUGUAAUAGAGAGAGAGAUAGAGAUGUUUUGCAGAGGAGCGACAUGCUGUGCAGGGGGGAAAGCAGACAGCUGAAAGAGAGGUUGUUUUUAUGCCAUUGUUUUUAGGUGUCUCUCGCCCUCACAGUCUCUCUCUCUCCUCUCCCAGCCAGCAGCGUUUGAAACUUUAGGGGGGCUCCCUCUUUAAUGGUACGUCAAAGGGAGGAGGAGGAGGAGGAGGAGAAGGAGGAGGAGGAGGAGGGCGACUUGUGGAUCUCCGCAUUCAUAAUCUCCCUGGUUUAUCCACCCCCCCUCCUGCCCGGCACUCACAGGGGAUCGGCACACGAAAGGGGUGGUGGUGGGGGUGCGUUGCCGCGGGAGACUAUUUGACAGACAGACCAGAGACGGGAGCAGGAGCGGGGAGGCUCUGAUACAGGUGGUGCACUGCAACUCGGGAUCUUUCUCUCGUUCGCACGCUCCCCUCCUCUUUCUCAUUCACUUUUUUUUUAUCAAUUCCCCCCGUGGGGACCGGCAUCCAGUCUCAGCGCCGCCGGUAAGGACGCCACUGAGGAGAACCUCAGGAUUAGUUGUUGUUUUUGUCUUUCCUCUGCAGCUGAUGCAGAUGUUUUUAGAUGAGAGGUGGGCGAGCGAAUAUUAGGUGCGUCACUUUAAAAACAGCAAGCAGGGGAACAGACCACCUUACUGCGCGAGUGACCACGGCAGUGUCCACCUGCUGGAUUUGGACCCGGAACGCAUGCCUGCUGCUGAGAGAGAAGAGGAGGAGAGACGAAGGAGAGCGGGACAAGAGGGGGAUGUGAGAGAUCCCGGGGCAAGAAUGAGAGUUGAUGAGAUGAGAGAAAAGAGUGCCAUUUUCUGACUGGAUUUACAAGCUGAGGAGAGUAGCUGUGAGGUAAAUAAACAGGGUCAACUUGGAAGAGAGAGGUCACUGUGCUGAGCUGUUGUCGUGACGAUGGGAUGUCCUGUGCCAAUACAGCUGCUGUUGACGCUGUUGCUACUGCUGUUGCUGUUCCAGCUGCCAGGGCACCUGGGGCAGGUCAGUCCAUCUCUGCCCCCGGGAUCGACUGCCUCCCUGCUGCUCACCUCCCCCCUUCCCCCCACCAAAGAAGCGAAAGACGGUGUUCCCCCCAACACCACGUCCAGUCCAAGCAUGGCCACCAGCACUGGGGGUGAGCUGGACGAGGAGGAGGAGGAGGAGGAGGAGGUGGUGGAGGAGGAAGAAGACUGGUCCCCAGCGGAGGCGUAUCUUAAUACGGGCGACGCUGCCACUCUGGCUUCAUCUGCCUGCCCCCGGUCGUACCGUCUGCCUCCACAGCGAGGCGGCCUGCCCCUGGACCUGGGCCCGCUCCUGCGCCCCGUGACCACGUCGCUGGCCAACGCCGCUAACUUCCUCAACCUGAUCUUCCAGGCCAGCGAGCUGCGGGAGAUCAGCAUCCGCGAGGACCUGGAGUGGUACCACGCGCUGGCGCGCUCGCUGCUGGAGGGCGACCGCCCCGGCCUGGUGCGCCGCGCCCUGCUCACCUUCGACGCCGACCCGCUCGCCCUGCGUCCCCAGCUGGUCCUCCGCGCCUCCCGCGGCCCCCAGAGCUUCCGCCGCCGCGGCCUCCCCUUCUUCUCCUCCUCCUCCUCCUCCUCCUCCUCCUCCUCCUCGCCGCCGGGGACGCUGCCCCGGGAGAUCCUCCUGCAGGACUUCACCGGCGCCUGGGAGAGUCUCCACCCGCCGCCCCCGGCUCCCGACGACAGCUGGUUCAUGGCUCUGAAGUUCGCCGCGCCGCCGCAGGUCCUCGCCGCCCUGAGCAAGCGGUCGCUCGUCAAUGACCUGCUGACCCUGGAGACACCCAAGUGGGCGCGCGGGGACAGCUACGUCACCAACAGCAGUGGCGUGCGCUGGGCCGACGCGCCCUUCCUGGAGUGUGAAGACGGCCGCUUCCUGCCCGGCUGGUUGAUGACGCUCACUAUGCCUUUUUACGGCCUCAAGCCUGACCUCAGCCCUGAGUUUAGAGGUGUGAUUCGCGUGGAUGUCAAUAUUCAGGGCUACGAUAUUGACCAGUGUGCCGUAGGGGACGUGUGGUUCGCCGACACCCACGUGUGCAACCGCACCAGCAUGGUGUGUGAACCCAUCCCGGGCCAGGGUUUCCGACUGGGUCAGUACUGCUGUGGCUGCAAAGAGGGAUUCUACAGCCCCACACAGGCCAAGCAGGCCGCAGUCCCUGGCGGUGGCAGUGCCAACGGGACCCGGGCCUGUUACCCCUCCAUGCCCAUCUGCCUGCCCUGCUGGCCGGGCUGCCCGCGCUGUGACGACGGCUCUCCCUGCUGGGUCCAGGAGGACUGGCUGCUGCGGGGGGCUGUGCUCACAGUGCAAGGCCUCUUCAUGCUGCUCGUCUUCCUCAGCAUGCUCGUCACCUACCAGAACCGGGGAACCAAGAGGAUACGUGCAUCGGGUCUCUUGCUGCUGGAGACGAUCCUGUUUGGGUCACUGCUGCUCUAUUUCCCAGUCUUCAUCCUGUUCUUCAGACCCAGUACUUUCCGCUGUAUCCUGCUCCGAUGGGUCCGACUGCUGGGCUUCGCCAUUGUUUACGGCACCAUGACCCUGAAGAUGUACAGGGUUCUAAAGGUGUUCCUCUCACGCACCGCCCAGAGGGUGCCUUACAUGUCCAGCACCAGCCUGCUGAGGAUGCUGGGCGUGAUGGUGGCCACCGUGAGCUGGUUCCUGUUUGCAUGGACCGCCGGUGUCCUGCAGAACCGCGACCGCAAUGUUCCGCUCCUCGUCGUCGCCACCACGUCUGACGGCCAGGGCUUCAAUCAGUGCGACAUUGACCGCUGGGACUAUAUGAUGGCCCUGGCGGAGCGCCUGUUCCUGUGCUGGGGCCUCUUCCUGUGCAGCGCUGUGAAGCCCGUGCCCUCGGCCUUUCAUGAGCCUCGCUACAUGAGCAUCGCUAUCCACAACGAGAUGUUCCUGUCCUGCAUGUUUCAUCUCCUCCAUUUUUCCCAUCCCAGUCUUCAUCCUGACUGGACCCUCCUGCUGGAGUUCACACACACCCAUGCCACCAUCACCGUGACACUGGCACUGCUCUUCGCUCCAAAGUUCCUACACGUGUCCCACCCAGGGCGGGAGGUGAUAGCAGCUGAGGUGUAUGAGGAUGAGGUGGAUCUACGCCGUAACUACCUCAACAGCAGCUUCACCUCUGCUUGGAGUGACCAUAGCGUCGAGCCUGAGGACAUCCGGGACGAGCUGAAAAAAUUGUACUCUCAGUUGGAGGUCGCUAAGAAUAAGAAGAUGGCAAACAGCAACCCCCACAUUUCUAAGAAGCAAGGCUCGCGUUUUGGGAUUGGGCGUUCCAUCAUGAAACGCAUAGCAGAUUUUCCAGAGACGUUAUCACGGCAACAUAGCCGAGAAGACGGAAGUGCCACGCGUUCUCGAUCGCCAAGCUUGUUUUCUGCCGCCUCAAGGAAGCCCACUGAGAUAACCUAUGUCAACUAUAAGGAAGAAUACCCCAGAGAAGCAUCCCCAAACAUGCUGACCAAAUCCCAAAGUAUUUAUGACUAUGCUCAUUCAAGGACUCCUUCAAGGACUCCUUCAAUUGCUGGGUCCUUAACACCAAUAUUAGUGGACAAGAGGUUUUCCCAGUAUUCGCAACAUUCCCAGCAUUCCCAAUACUCUGAGUACUCCCAACACUCACAAACAGAGUCUAUCGAGGCAUCGCCAAUGGUAUGCAAGUCAGCGAGUACCCACAACCUUUCAAUUAACAAAAACUUCCUACAUCCUGGCGACAGCAGGCGUCAGAAGUCAUUGAGUGCCGUUGUGAGCAGUACAGACUAUUACUCCACGAUGGGAGAGGCGGCACAGAGUGGCGCCACAACCCCAGAGCUAAAACAUGCCGGCAGCAUAAAAGAGCAGACGACGAAGGCCCUUCUUGCUCAGUCGUUUGACAAAGCUGAUGUCUGUCCUUGGGAAAUUGAGGCGGAGAGGCGACCUAGCAAGAAACACGUUACUAUUUCUAUAGCCCAGAAUGAGGGGGACGAGCCCCCUGAGAAGUCACCUACCCUGAUCAUUUGCCCGUGGGAUAAUGUUGACACCCUGCCCACAACCACAAAGCAGAAGAGCAUAGACAGCGUGGACUCAGAUAGUGACUCAAUCAGGCUGAGGGCUCCGAUCUCCUCAAGUGCUCCAGCAUCGCCAUCUGCACAGGGCAAGCCCAAGGAGCUUCGUGUUUUCUCCUUCCGCUCUGCCACUAAAGGCCUCAUUGCUGCAAAGGGGAUAAUUAACGAAAAGGGGAGACUCACUGCUACUCUGUCUGUUGAAGUGCCGAAGAAGACCCCUCUGCUGCAGAGAAGAAGCAUGACAACAAUCCAGGGUAAACAUGGACUAGUAAAGCAAAAUGCAAUAAGAUAUUCCUCCACUGAUUCUGCAGAGAGAAGCCCCUACAGACAGGCUAACCCUGAAGUUCUCGUCUGUCCCUGGGAGUCGGAAUCGGAGCUGACAGACACAUUCUCGCCUCAGAGCAGUUUUAGGAGAAAGGGUUCAGGCACUGAUGGAAGGGCCAGACCCAUAAUGUUGACAGUGCCAGCCAGGCAACAAAGCAUAAAGGCUGAUGUUUGUCCCUGGGAGGUGGCGGAACCACAAGCUGGUAGUGCAAAUGUGUGUCCUUGGGAUGCGCCGGAUGCUGCUGUACCUCAGGUUAGCCAGGGGUCUCUCAAGUCAAAUACUGGGGUGCCCCAACCAGCUGAGAGAGUGAUUUACGUCAACAAUGCUAGGGGGACACCAGAGCCAAGUCGAGCGCCAAAGAGACAGGACACAGUCCCUACUGAGGUGCGUCCAUGGGAUUCAGUGGAAUCGGCACAAAAGCAAGAUGGCCCCCGGGCAAAUGUUUGCCCAUGGGAGUCUGGGGAGCCAGACGAUGCUGGGGAUAAAAAAUCGGGCCAGAGUGCAACAGCUGUCAAGAAAUCCCCACAGUUGACAAAACAGGUGACCAUCACUGCGGAAGCGUGCCCAUGGGAGUUCACUGAGCAACCUGAUACAGUUCAAAUUAAUAUUUGUCCUUGGGAGUCUGAAAGCCCAAAACCUCCACUGUCAAAGCAGGCAGCUGUGGUCCAUUCAAGCCAGGAGUCCAUUGACAGAGAAAAACAACCUAAAGGGACUCCAAAAUUACAACAGCAAGACAGUGUUCAUGCAAAUGUUUGCCCUUGGGAAACAGAAGAAAGCCCAACGCCGAAGGAUGGAGAAGGAACCAAAUGUCCCGUGCCAGUUAAGGCUGUCCCUAAAGUAUCUCCGACACUGUCAAGGCAUACAACAACUUCAGUUGAAAAAUGUCCAUGGGAUUUCCCUGCACCUCCUCCAAUAGCAAAUGUCUGUCCGUGGGAGGCCGAAAGUGUAGAGCCGCAACCUACUGAAACACAGCAGGCAACUAGGACAAUGUCCAGACAAGGGUCCAACUCCUCUAAAGCUAGUGUUAAGCCAUUCCAGAAACACGACAGUGUCAAAGGGAAUGUCUGCCCAUGGGAAUCUCAGGAACCUGAAGGGUCAGUGCAACAAGAUGACACCAGAGCAGAAGCCUGUCCGUGGGAAACAGAGAGCGCAACCAAGACCCUUCAGAAACAAGAUGACACCAGAGCAGAAGCCUGUCCGUGGGAAACAGAGAGCGCAACCAAGACCCUUCAGAAACAAGAUGACACCAGAGCAGAAGCCUGUCCGUGGGAAACAGAGAGCGCAACCAAGACCCUUCAGAAACAAGAUGACACCAGAGCAGAAGCCUGUCCGUGGGAAACAGAGAGCGCAACCAAGACCCUUCAGAAACAAGAUGACACCAGAGCAGAAGCCUGUCCGUGGGAAACAGAGAGCGCAACCAAGACCCUUCAGAAACAAGAUGACACCAGAGGAGAAGCCUGUCCGUGGGAAACAGAGAGCGCAACCAAGACCCUUCAGAAACAAGACAGUACCAGAACUGUUUGUCCGUGGGAAACAGGAGGCACUGAGGAAACAAAGGCAGAUGACAGCACUGGUGCUACCGGCACCACCCCCAGCAAAGAGGACAACGUGGUACCGGCUGCAGAACAAAGAAAUGUACGAUCUCCAACUGAAAGCACAGGAGAUGGGGACGCAGAAAGGAUCAACGAGCCCCUGGAGCGGCGUGACGCUCUGUGCCCGUGGGCCAUGGAGAGGACCGAACACGACGACAACUCCGACGUGUUCACUUGGGAGGAGAACAUUCCAGAAGAGGACGAGGACCUGGAUGCUGAAUGUGCGGCGGAAGCGUUUGUCUUCCCAUCUGAUUUGGGCUAAGAUUUUGUCAUGACAUUAACUGUAAACCCUUGCCAUCACAGACAGCCUGCCACUGAGGUCAAUGAUGAGCGACACGGGUUGUGAUAGGCUAUGGGUUGUGAUUGGCCCCCCCACUAAUGAACACAACACUGGACAGACAGCUCUCCCCACUCCCCAGACUCCUUAAUGCUCUUUCACCCUUUGCUCAACUUCAUAUUAUGUGUAUCUUUUAUGUGUGAAGUAGUAAGUCCCUCUCUAACUUCAUGUAAUGCUUCGUUAGCCCAAAAAUCGAAUGACUUAAACUGAGACGUCUAAAUAUCGAUUGUUGGGAGGAAUGUGUGCUUAUAGAAUGUGUAUUAUCUUUUUCUGAUUUGUCAUUAUUACUCGCAAGGUUCUCCUGAAAACAGUUGCUGCUAAGAGACACUUUUCCAAUCCAAGUUCUCUUCAGUGACAUACUGUGGUAAAGGAUGCACUGCACGUUCCAUCCAACUGACAAGUGAAGGACUUUGGAGGAAGGAAAUGGAAGCAAAUGAAUCCAUCUUUUUUGAAUCCAUGGCAACAAGAGAACAGAAAGAUGUUAUGGCCUGUGCAGCCAAAUUUUGCAAAUGCACAGGUCAGUGUGAGAUGAGUG